AAAAGAGAAAUUUCAAAAAUUAGCACACGAAAAACCAAAGCAAAAUAUUAACUCAAAUUAAAGAGAGAGAAAUUCAAUCAAACAAUUCUCCCAGCAAAUCGUUCUCAAGAGUACUUUAGAACCCCUACCGAAAGCAAAAAUGAGUCAAUCAUGCUUACCAGUCAAUGCCAAAAUGUCGAAGGCAAAGAAAGUGUUAGAUGAAGCGCGUGAAACGCAAAACCGUGAGCUCGAUUUGGUUGACAAGGGCAUUAGCUCCUUCGAGGAGUUACCGGGAUUGUUCAGCAUGUCCUACAUCACGCGACUCACUUUGAGUCACAACAAGAUAACCAUGAUCAGUCCAGGCAUAGCUAAUUUACUACACUUGGAAAUAUUGAAUCUAUCCAACAAUGGAUUACGUGAACUGCCAGUUUCGCUGUCAUCAAUGCCUAAAUUGCGUAUCCUGAAUGUUUCGCUGAAUCGCCUGGACAGCCUGCCACGCGGCUUUGGUGCAUUUCCCGUACUUGAGGUACUCGACCUCUCCUAUAAUAACCUCAAUGAGAAUGCGUUACCCGGUAAUUUCUUUAUGAUUGAAACAUUGCGGGCUCUUUAUUUGGGUGACAAUGAUUUCGAGCAUAUUCCUAAGGAGUUGAGAAAUUUGAAGAAUUUGCAAAUACUCGGUUUGCGUGAUAAUGAUCUGCUUGAUUUGCCGCGUGAAAUUGGCGAAUUGGCUCGUCUACGCGAACUUCAUAUACAAAACAAUCGACUGCAAGUAUUACCACCAGAAGUCGGUAAUCUAGACCUACUGGGCAGCAAGUCGGUGAUGAAGAUGGAGGAGAAUCCAUGGGUGGUGCCGAUACAAGAGCAAUAUUUGUUGGGCAUUAGUCACGUCAUUGAAUAUAUAAAAACGGAAACGUACAAAAUCCUCUAUAAUCGCCAUAUAAAAAGUGACCGCGGACCACCGCCACCAAAAGCUGAUAAGAGCAAGAAAGCGUCGCGUAUACGCGCAUGAAUUGACUCAGCCAAGCUAUCGAGGUCGUGAGGUGGUUUUCGAAUUUGUCAAGCCGGUGUGCCUUUACGCGAUAAACAAAACGCAACAAAAUGAAUGCCUUUUUUGUAAUUGUAUUAACCAUAAAUGUUCUAUAAUUGUAUUUUUCCCUUCGUGUCAAGUUUGAUAUGCAUACACACAUUUAUAAUUUUGUACUACUAAUCUUAAGUAAAUGUUAAAUUAUUUUGAAAAUCUAAUCAAAUUGAAGUUUUUUUUUUAUAUAUAACAAAAUUCUCUCACAACGCACACGACUUUUAAGAAACAAACAGCAAUAAUUAUUUAUGAUUACUUUGAAUAAUGACUGCAUUUUUUUUUACGCGCGUAUGUAUCCGCGUCUAAAUUUUGUAUGAAGCAAUAAACGCACAAUCUUG